GCGAGGAAACACCGAGACGAAGGAGAAUGCCGACAGCAGCCCGUGAACACUGCAGUACAUGCGACCGUACAACAGCCCGAGCCCUCUGUUCAUUUGUUCCCCCUUCUUCUUCUUCUCCUCCUCCUCCAACGCCAGCGACGACACGGAGGAAAACGGCCACCUUUGUUUUGAAGUGAAGUGAGAAGAGCCCCAACGUGUCCGAGAACCCGAACUUUCCGUUGCAGCCCUAAACCCCGUGGUGUUUUUGGACUGCAGAGGAUUGGCAAAUAAAAGAGCUUUCCCCGUGACUACUCCAGUGGAGCGGUUUAUUCCCUUUUCCCGGAGACCACAGACAUCACAACAGAGCCAAAGGUGCAGCGGGGGCGAGGCUGCUCUCAGGUCAGAACAAACCCGCGGCCAUGGAUGUGGAUGAGGAGGAGAAUAUGAGUUCGAGCAGCACCGAUGUUAAGGAAAACCGAAACCUGGACAACGGGUCCUGCAAAGACGGGAUGGGAGUGGCUGAACAGCUCCCCAAUGGAAGUGGCCUGGGCAGUCGAAAGCGCCCCUUAGAAGAGGGAAGCAAUGGGCACACGCACUCCAAGUUCCGGGCCAAGAAGCGCAAGAAAACGCCGGGUCCGGUCCUGCCAAAGAACGCCCUGAUGCAGUUGAACGAAAUCAAACCGGGUCUACAGUACAAACUGCUGUCUCAGACGGGACCAGUCCAUGCACCGGUUUUUAGCAUGACUGUGGAGGUCAAUGGGCAGAUGUUCGAGGGCAUGGGCCCGACUAAGAAGAAGGCAAAACUAAGUGCGGCGGAGAAAGCACUGCGUUCCUUCGUCCAGUUCCCCAACGCCUCUGAGGCGCACCUGGCCAUGGGUCGAACGCUGACGGUGAACACAGACUUUACAUCCGACCAAGCCGACUUCCCAGACAUGCUCUUCAAUGGCUUCGAAACCCCGGCCGCACCUGAAGAAUCCUUCUUUCUAGGCUCCAAUGGUAGCAACUCCUUAAACUCACUCGGGGAGUACCCGCUGCCCACACCGCCUGGCAGCAACCUUGUCCAGGCCCCAUUGCCCCCUCCGUCGACAUUCAGCUCGCCCUCCAGCGGCAAAAACCCAGUCAUGAUCCUCAAUGAGCUCAGGCCAGGUCUCAAGUAUGACUUUGUCUCAGAGAGCGGCGAGAGCCAUGCAAAGAAUUUUGUGAUGUCAGUAACGGUGGACGCACAGACGUUUGAAGGCUCAGGGCGCAACAAGAAGCUGGCUAAAGCCCGGGCGGCACAGGCGGCGCUCUCGGCUCUCUUCAACAUGCAGCUAGACCAGACACCAUCCCGGCAACCCAUACCAAGAGAGGGAUUGCAGCUUCACCUACCCCAGGUUCUGGCUGAUGCAGUGUCUCGCCUGGUGGUGGAUAAGUUCAGUGAGCUGACAGAAAACUUCACCUCCCCCCAUGCACGACGGAAAGUCCUGGCAGGAGUCGUCAUGACAACAGGGAUAGAUGUGAAGGAGGCACAGGUCAUUUGUGUCUCCACGGGAACCAAAUGCAUCAACGGUGAGUACAUGAGCGACCGCGGCCUGGCUCUCAACGACUGCCAUGCUGAGAUCAUCGCCCGGCGCUCGCUCAUCAGGUACCUCUACACCCAGCUGGAGUUCUUCCUCAGCAAGGAGGACCAGCAGAAGUCAAUAUUCGUGCCGUGUGACAAGGGAGGCUACAGGUUAAAGGACAACGUUCAGUUCCACCUCUACAUCAGCACCUCGCCCUGCGGAGACGCCCGGAUCUUCUCCCCGCAUGAGGCCGGCGUUGAAGACCAAGGAGACAGACAUCCCAACCGGAAAGCACGGGGCCAGCUGAGGACCAAAAUUGAGUCGGGGGAGGGCACCAUCCCUGUGAGGUCCAGCAACACCAUCCAGACCUGGGACGGGGUGCUGCAGGGGGAGAGGUUACUCACCAUGUCCUGCAGUGACAAGAUCGCAAGGUGGAACGUGGUGGGCAUACAGGGCUCUUUGAUGAGCUACUUCACGGAGCCAAUCUACUUCUCCAGCAUCAUCCUCGGCAGCCUUUACCAUGGCGACCACCUCUCCAGGGCCAUGUACCAGCGCAUCGCAGAUAUCGAGGACCUGCCCCAGCAGUUCGCUCUCAACAGGCCUCUACUCAGUGGUAUAAGCAAUGCCGAGGCCAGGCAGCCGGGCAAGGCACCCAACUUCAGCGUGAACUGGACGGUGGGGGAUCAGUCCCUGGAGGUGAUCAACGCAACCACAGGCAAGGACGACAUGGGCCGCGCUUCACGUCUCUGCAAGCACGCCCUCUACAGCCGCUGGUUGCGCCUACACUCCAAGCUGUCCUCCAUCUUGUGGAUCAAGGUGCUGAAGCCCAGCUCCUACCAUGAUGCCAAGCAGGUGGCCACGGAGUACCACUCGGCCAAGCUGGCGCUCAUCAAGGCCUUCCACAAGGCCGGCCUGGGGGCCUGGGUCAAAAAGCCCAGCGAGCAAGACCAGUUCACCCUCUGCUCCUGAGGGAGUCAAGGGGAUUAUGGGAUUCCUAAACACCUUCUUCUCACACACCCCCACCCAUACCCCACCCCCCUCAACACAUACUCUCCUUCCCUCCAUGACCCAGGCCUGAAAGCAAGAGAGCCCCCUAUUCAGAACCAGCCCACAGAGACACUUACCUCCGUCCCAUGUGUCGGCACUGUGGAAACAAACGUGCAUAGUUUAUGAACCAUCCAUAGCUCGUCACGAUCAUUCCUCAGAGCACCUUGGCCUCUUUUUACAUUGUUUUGAUUUGUGUCCUUUUUUCCGUUGUUUUAUUGUUUUAUUGUUUUUUCAUCUGCUUGUUUUUUUUGUUUAAAAAAUGGAAUCCAUGCCGUAGAUGUGGAAGUUGAAAAUUAUGCAGUUUUUAUCUAUUUUAUGGAUCGAGUGUAGCCAGUUUAAGGUGAAAUGUAGCCUAGAAACGCAGGAAAAAUUAUGGACUUUGGGGGGAAAAACGUUUAUUUUAAAGACGCGUACAUUUUCAGGAUGUAAAUCUAGUGCUGAAACGAAAGAGAACACCCGAUAGUUCUCCAACAAUUUAAUGUGUUUCAUUUGGUCCGUCCCUUAGAUGAGACUACGUGUUCUUUAGAUCCUGUAUUAAAGAUGAAACAUUUUCCAAAAUGUUGUGGCCCUGUUUGAUUUACUGACCGGUUAGAAUAAUACAGGCCAUGUUGUCACAGCAGUUAAGCCCACUUUUCUUCCUUUUUUUUUUUUUUUUUAUGUCUCGUUCAUUAAUCCGCGCACACAUGAUCGGUACGUUAUUUUUUAUGUCACUUUCAUUUCAUACUUGAACCGUGAAGGUGGGAAAGGGGGGAGAGGGAGUGGGGGGUCGUGUUGAGAGCAUCGUAGUGCCCCACCUCCCGCCUCCGACUCCUCCCCCUCGCCUGGGUCUCUGGACAAGCUUUGGGAGGUGCUGCACGUUGUAUUUUAUUUAAUUUGUCCUUGAUCCAAGCCAUGGCUUUGCAUGGGAACUGAACUUGGAGGCCUACGAGCAGAAAAAAAGAAGAAGAAGAAGAAGAAAAAAAAAAACACGUGCGUGGUGGCGAGCCCCGUGCGCCCAUCAGUGAAUGAUUUCUGAAUGAUUGCCAGCAUCUUCCUCCACAGGCAGCUUUGAAUCUUUGUCUCUCUAUUUUCUAAAUUUAUUGGGAUUGUUUGUUGGUUUGUUUGUUUAAAAGGUGGGAGGGGACCGUUUGUUUGUUUGUCUUAAGAUUGGGCAUUUAAGGAUUUGGGACUUUACUGCAGUGAAACUAAUGAUAGGCAGACCUCUAAGAUCUUGUAACUGUGUCACCCUGUGGUCACACCACGUGUGUGUGUGACGUUACUCUCACUAGAUGCCACGUCACGCCGGUCUGUCCCGCAGAGAUACCAACGUGGUGUAAUUCUGUUCUCCAAACGCCGAGAGGGGCCGGAGCAGACUCGCACGUCGUAUUCCCAAUGUCUCUGCUGAAACCUCUGCCCGCCGGUCACAACCGAAAUGUGUGUGUGUGUGUGUGUGUGUGUGUGUGAUGUCACUUCCUGUCUUCUACAUCUACAGCAACACCUCUGUGAUCUCACCUUUAUACCCUGAGUGCAUAGAUGUCCAGAGUGUUGUUUUUUCCCCCCAAUUUGUAAAUCAUGACGUAUUUACAAAGUAACUGCAGUCAAUUCCUAUUCCCGUGUGUGUGUGUGUGUGUGUGUGUGUGUGUGUGUGUGUGUGUGUGCAUGCGUGUGUGUGUGUGUGUGUGUGUGUGUGUGUGUGUGUGUGUGUGCGUGUGCUCAGACGUCUUUAAGCAUACUCUGUGGAAUCUCCACCAAAGAUGAUGUCCAUUUGUGUUUCCGCCCCACUAUUCUUGCUUUUUUUUUUUUUUUUUUUUUUUUAAACCAACCCUUUACUGUUUGGGUUUUUGUAUACACCAUGAAUAAUGUACUUUUGAUUGCUACAAAAAGUGUUUAUUCCAUUCAAUAUGGGGGGUUCUUCCCCAGUGCGUCUGUAGCUGUCAGUGUAUCUUGUGACCGACGCUCGUCACCGCUUCUCUGUAUAUAAGGAAGGACAAAAGCCCUGUUCCCUGUACAGUCGGUGCAUCCCACCCUAGAACACUGUUGGGACUCUUCCCCUGAAGUUGUUGAUGUUCCUGUACGUAGUAGUGGUUCUCCGUGACUCACUGGGCACCAUAACGCAUGGCAUUAACACUGCCAGGGUUUUAACAGGCUUCAUCCCCAUUGUAGCCACCAAUGUUUGGA